AGAAUUUCUUCUUCCUCCUCGUUCUUAGCUUUCCCUCCAUCCUAAAACCCUAACAACAUUCCAGCACAACCAAACCAAAGCCCCUCUCUUUAUCACUCUCUCUCUAGUCUCUGCUCCCAUGUCAUCUGUUUUGAGGAUGAAGACUCUCGUCUCCCCAACCUUCGCUGCAUUCUCUCCUUACCUGUGCAGACCCACCGUCUCUCUUCCUCACUCUUCAUUCUCAUCCUCUAAAUCGUCCAUCUUCGCUCUUCAAAAUUUGAACUUUCGCAGUCUCGGGCCCAAAUCAUGCUCGGACAAGCCCCCCGUUCGCUGCCUUCAUCAGAGCUCGCAAAUGGGUGCUCCUCGCUCGUCUUCUUCCGGCGAGAUUCACGUCAUCGUCGGUCCUAUGUUCGCCGGGAAGACCACCAGCCUUCUUCGAAGGGUCGAAUUAGAGAGCAGCAGUGGGAGAAGUGUUGCUGUUAUCAAAUCUAGCAAGGAUACAAGAUACGGAUUGGAUUCUAUCGUGACUCAUGAUGGGGCGAAAUUCCCAUGUUUGGCUUUGAAAGAUUUGUCUUCAUUCAAAGAAACAUUUGGCCUUAAUGCUUACAAUCAGCUAGAUGUCAUUGGUAUAGAUGAAGCUCAAUUUUUUGAAGACCUUUAUGACUUUUGCCGCGAAGCUGCUGAUCGUGAUGGCAAGGUCCUAGUCGUUGCUGGGCUGGAUGGUGACUAUUUGAGGAGGAGUUUUGGUUCUGUGCUUGACAUAAUUCCUCUAGCCGAUUCUGUCACCAAGUUGACUGCCCAAUGUGAACUUUGUGGAAAACGUGCUUUCUUCACCCUCAGAAAGACUGGCGAGAUGCAGACGGAAGUUAUCGGGGGUGCCGAUGUAUACAUGCCUGUUUGCCGGCAGCAUUAUAUGAGCGGACAAGCCGUCAUCGAGACAACAAGGAUAGUCCUAGAAUCUCAACCUCAGAAGGUCCAGUGUGGGUAAAAACCACAGGCGUAGGUGGUGGGUCUAUUUAUUCUAACCCAUUGCUGCAAGUCGCGGCAAUCCUAGUACUUGAUUUUGUGAUACAAGGUUAUUGUUAUCCAGACAGAUCUUAGUAUUGUGUCCUUGGGGUGGGGUAUGCAAAUAGCGAAUGCUCGAUUGCAAAAGGUGCUCUUGUCAUGUUCAACCUCUUGCAA